AUGGUGGCUCCAAGGAACACUGCAUAUGCUGAGGAGAGCGCCGAGGUCGAGGUGCUCUAUGCCAACCUCGAAAAGCUCAACCGGCUUACCAAGAAGAUACAGGGAUCUAUGGUCCGCCUUGAGACGAGUGGAAAGGUCGUUAAGGAAGCCAUUGGUCCUAUUUACAGCAAUACGCAAUCUCUACAAAUUACCAACAGCAACAUCGACAAGGUCAACGAUGCCAUCGAUCGCUUGCGCCAGCCUCUCGAUGCGAAGAAUCGCGAAGAUGGUACCAUUCGCGCGGGUCCUCAGAACUCCGGUCUCAAGGCUUAUAUCAUGGCGAUGAAACGUGUUGAAAAGGCGCUGGUCGACCUCAGCACGACAAACUUGCGAUCAAACCAACAAGCGAUGACCGAUUUCAAUGAUCUCUUGAAUAUUGGAAGUUUGAAGCUUCAAGAAACGUUGCGGGCAGAAUUGAAUCAGCACGUCACUCCUGUCGAGCCCCUACACUAUCUUACCAAAGGCCUUCAAUUCCCAUCUAUCCCUGAAGAUACCAUCGCUCAUUUGGCGCAAUUGUGCUCGGCGAUCGGCUCCGCGUCCAUUCAUGGACUCCAGCGCAGCAAGGGGGAGAACCCCGCGAUGAAGAUAUACGCCGAAACACGGGGUCCAUAUAUCACAGCUAGCUUGCAGAACCUCGCCAUCGCAUCCAUGAAUACCGUGAAGCGACGACCCACCGAUGGCCCUUACAAGCAAGGUACCAAUGGUAUUGGUAUCUACUCCAAUGCGCUGGAGGCUUUCAUCAUCACAGAACACGGCAUUAUUCAGCAGAUGUUUAGCGGCGCUCAGCAAGGUCUGGUGUUACAGGCCACAUUCCUCUCUGCAAUGGGCGAAUACUCCAAAACACUGCGUGAGCUCAAUCAGUAUAUCAAGGCCAAUUUGAUGACGGACUGUUUCCUGGCCUUUGAAAUCAUCGAAAUUGUAAUGAAAAUGUCAUAUGAUAUUGAACCAAAGGCUGCGGAGCUGAAAAGCCUUCUGGUGGAAGCGCUGCGGCCUGUACGGGAGACUGCCAAGUCAUCCCUCUCGGAAUUACUCGAGGAAACGAAACGCAAGGCUUCUACCGUUCCACUCCCACCAGACGGUGGGUCAGUACCUCUUGUGGAGGAAGUGAUGAACUCGUUAGCCACUUUAACUGGCUACGAAGAUCCCUUGAGCUCUAUUUUGACAUCUUUGGGCGAUGGAAACUGGCAUGCCAAGUCCAAAGCUUCAGGCUCUGCGCCGCUGGAUGUAGGGCCAGACACCAAAGUUCUUCUCUCGCAUUUCAUUCUGGACAUGCUUGAGGCCUUGAUGACCUCUCUGGAAGCCCGCGGUCGGGCAUUCCACCGAUCCAAGGCAGCACUUGGUGUUUUCUUGUCUAACGUAUUCUGCAUUGUCGACCGAUCCAUCCGACAAACCCCCGAACUAGCGCAGAAAUUAGGCGCCCCUGACAGCAUUGCCAGGAUCGACACCUUCCGCAAGCGCGCAACUUCUACCUACCUAGACGCAUGGAAGGAAACAUCGCAAUACCUCCUCGAUGUACAGUACACGUCCCGUGGAGCGCAGCGCAAUUCUGGCGGCAACGUGGAUUCGAGUGCCAUUGUCAAGUCUCUGUCCUCCAAGGAUCGGGACGCGAUUAAGGACAAAUUCAAGUCAUUUAAUGCAAGCUUCGAUGAGAUGGUAUCUCGGCACAAGACUCUUCACAUGGAGCGUGAGGUACGCACUGUGUUGUCUCGAGAAUUGCAGACUGUCCUGGAGCCCUUGUAUGCUCGCUUUUACGAUCGAUAUGUGGAGAUCGACAAGGGACGGGGCAAGUACAUCAAAUACGACAAGGCAAGCUUGUCAGUACAGUUGGCACAGCUGUCUUAG